GUGGUUUUCGGCUAACCAUUUUCAUUAUCCUCUUCCCCUCUACUCUUGUUGUUGUGUUGUUCUUCUUUCACACUUUCGUUUUAAUCGAAGCUAUUCAUAUAACCCUACUUUUAUCUUACUACCGGAGUAUGAUCGACGAGCAUCUACGGAAAAGCCUUAUACGAAUCUUUUGAUUGACAGCGGCAGUUGAACUCUGGUCAUUCCGCGGCUUCAUAUCCAUACCAUCGAUUUAAUCAGUUUAAUUGAGUGAAUUUCGAGUGGUUUGAUGUUCUGUUUCUUCUCUGCCAUUAUGCCUAGCUUGAUUCAAUGAGGCUGCUGUUAGGUUCCGAUGCUUCUCAUUAGAUAUGGCUUCUGCUCCAAAUUUUUCAGUGUCUGUAGAAUGUGUGAGUAUAUGUAAGUAUCCGAAAGGGGAUGGGAGUGGAAGAUAUGAUUGUAGUCCGAUUCCAUGUGCGUGGAAGGCUCCAAGGGCCUUGACUGGCUUGCUAGCUAGCACUGCUAAUUCCUCGGCUUUGCAUGUACAGAGUGGAAGAAAAAUUCGUCGUGGCCAUAGAUGUGAGGCUGCUGACAUGAGAGCCAGGAAAUGGGCAGUGAGUUGUUCUUCAUCGUUUCCUUCAGGAUAUGAUGAGGUUUCUCCUGAACGUUUGUGGAAGGAUCUUCAACCUGCUAUUGCAUACCUUACAUCCGAUGAGUUAAAAUUAGUGCGCGCUGCUCUAAAUCUGGCCUUUGAGGCACAUGAUGGGCAAAAAAGACGAAGUGGAGAACCCUUUAUCAUUCACCCUGUUGAAGUUGCAAGAAUUCUGGGAGAACUUGAAUUGGACUGGGAGUCAAUUGCUGCUGGUUUAUUACAUGACACAGUUGAAGAUACAAAUCAUGUUACUUUUGAAAAAAUAGAGAAGGAAUUUGGUGCAACUGUUCGUCACAUUGUUGAAGGAGAAACUAAGGUGUCAAAACUCGGCAAGCUCAAGUAUAAAAAUGAAAGUCAUUCAGUACAAGAUGUGAAAGCACAUGAUCUUCGACAAAUGUUUCUAGCCAUGACUGAGGAGGUCCGAGUGAUAAUUGUCAAAUUAGCAGACAGAUUACAUAAUAUGCGGACUCUUUCACAUAUGCCUUCACAUAAGCAGUCCAGCAUUGCAAUGGAGACACUACAAGUUUUUGCUCCUCUUGCAAAGCUCCUUGGAAUGUACCAAAUUAAGUCUGAGCUUGAGAAUUUGUCCUUCAUGUACACAAACCCUCAAGAUUAUGCUAAAGUCAAGAGACGAGUUGCAGAACUCUGUAAAGAACAGGAGAAAGAAAUUGAAGAGGCAAAUAAAAUUUUGAUUAAGAAGAUUGAAGACGAUCAGUUCUUAGACCUUAUGACUGUGAAAACUGAAGUGCGUUCUGUCUGUAAGGAACCUUACAGCAUCCAUAAAUCUGUACUCAAAUCCAAAGGUUCAAUCAAUGAAGUCAAUCAAAUUGCACAGCUGAGGAUCAUAAUCAAACCCAAGCCUUGUGUUGGUGUAGGGCCUUUAUGUAAUGCACAACAGAUUUGCUACCAUGUCCUUGGGCUGGUACAUGGGAUAUGGACCCCCAUACCUCGAGCUAUGAAAGACUACAUUGCAACCCCAAAACCCAAUGGUUAUCAGAGCCUUCAUACUACUGUAAUUCCAUUUCUUUAUGAGAGCAUGUUUCGUCUAGAAGUUCAGAUUAGAACUGAAGAGAUGGACUUGAUAGCAGAAAGAGGUAUUGCUGCUCACUACAGUGGGAAAGUUGUUAAUGGCUUAGUCAGACAUACAGUGGCUAACGACAGAUACUUGAGAGGGAAACCAGUCUGCCUUAACAACGCAAAUGUGGCCCUUAGGAUUGGGUGGCUGAAUGCGAUUAGAGAAUGGCAAGAGGAGUUUGUUGGAAACAUGAGCUCUAGAGAGUUUGUAGAUACAAUCACUAAGGAUCUUCUAGGUAGUCGUGUCUUUGUAUUUACGCCAAGGGGAGAGAUUAAGAAUUUACCCAAGGGAGCAACUGUCAUCGACUAUGCUUAUAUGAUACACACUGAUAUCGGCAACAGUAUGGUAGCUGCAAAGGUCAAUGGCAAUAUUGUUCCUCCCUUGCAUGUGCUUGCAAAUGCAGAAGUUGUGGAGAUAGUGACAUAUAACGCCCUCUCGAGCAAAUCCGCUUUCCAGAGGCACAAGCAAUGGUUGCAACAUGCAAAAACACGAAGUGCAAGACACAAGAUUAUGAAAUUUUUGAAGGAGCAGGCGUCUCAAUCUGCAAGUCAGCUAACAGCGGACUCGGUGAGGGAGUUUGUUGCUGAUUCGGGUGACGAUAGUGAAGCGGAAGAGGUAGUAACAGACUACUCUAAAGGGAUCCAGCACACGUGGGAGAAGAUCGUCAUGAAUGUCAUGGAAAUGUCAUCCAUGAAAAUGAUGGGUGCAGAUCUUUUCCAGUUAAAGAACAACAGUAGUAUUAAGGUCCCCAAAGUUAACGGAAAUCAUAACAAACAAGAAGCGGUGUUACCUGGUCUUGAAAGCUGGCGUGAUGGGAAAAUUUCAUCCUGGACUGAUUUUGAAGGACAUUCUAUCCAAUGGAUGUGCGUUGUUUGUAUUGAUAGAAGAGGGAUGCUUGCUGAUAUCUCAAAGGCAUUGGGUGAUGUUGGUGUCACAAUUUGCUCAUGUGCGGCUGAGGUUGCUAGGGGAAAAGGAAUGGCAGUUAUUCUGUUCCAUGUUGAAGCAAGGUAUGAGAACAUGGUGAGUGCGUGUUCACAGGUUGAUUUGGUCCUUGGAGUUUUGGGAUGGUCCACUGGCUGCAGCUGGCCUGGAGUAAACAACACCCACCAAUUACGAGAAUGUUGAUAGCAAGUUUUGUUCCACUUAAGAUUCUUUAUACGCUCUUUUUGGUGUAUAUAGUUUGUCAUAUUUAUAUAUUUAUAUAUAUUAUGAUCCAAAUAAAUAGAGACAGGGGGACUGUAUAUAUGAAGGAAGAGAGAAGGAAUUAUACAUGUAAAAAUACUUCCAAUGAUAAUGGAGGUUUACAAAUUACACGCACUGUUUCUUGAUAGGCAACCAAGAAACAACCUACCAG